UUUCCAUUGAAAACUGGCUAAGGAGUAAGCAGUCGGAUAAAGUUCUAAGUGACAAUUGAAGACCAAGCUUGAGUUGCGGUGGGCGGUGGUCAGUCACGCGGAGCAGUGAGAGGUAGCACGUUGCUGGUACUACGUUUACUCCUCCAUUGAUCAGCAGGUGGUGAAAGAGUAGAUUCAUAAGGAUAGAGCAUAUCACAUACAGAACAACAGGAUGUGGGCUGCCGUCUGUUUGGCCCUCCUCAUUUUGUCUGCGUCUGCUCUUGCAAACCCGUCAUGUCCAACACCAAAGUCGGGAAUGCUCAACGUACAUUUGGUUUGCCAUACACAUGAUGAUGUUGGCUGGCUCAAAACAGUUGACCAGUACUACUAUGGCUCAAAGAAUAGCAUUCAGCUGGCAGGUGUACAGUACGUGCUGGACUCAGUUGUACGUGAACUUAAGGAAGACCCGAACAAGAAGUUCAUAUAUGUUGAGUCUGCAUUCUUCUUCAGAUGGUGGGACAACCAGUCACAAGAUAUGCAGAAUACAGUGAAGGAUCUCGUGGCACGGGGUCAAUUGGAAUUCAUUAAUGGAGGUUGGUGCAUGAAUGAUGAAGCUGCAGCUCACUAUAAUGGCAUCAUUGACCAGAUGACCCUUGGCCUAGUGAAGCUCAAUAACACCUUUGGACCAGAGGCACGACCCACUGUGGCUUGGCAGAUUGAUCCAUUUGGACAUUCCCGUGAACAGGCUAGUCUCUUUGCCCAGAUGGGAUUUGAAGGCUUAUUCUUUGGUCGUCUUGACCAUGAUGACAAGAACACACGCUGGGCCAACAAGACUUUGGAGAUGGUGUGGCAAGCAAGCCAGAAUUUAGGUGAAUCAGCCUGGCUCUUCACAGGUGUGUUACCCAAUGGCUAUGGGCCACCUGGUGGAUUUUGUUUUGACAUACUCUGCCAUGAUGAGCCUAUCAUGGAUGAUCGACGGCUCCAUGGCUAUAAUGUUGAUAAGAAGGUUGAGGGCUUCAUGAAGGUUGCAGAGGAUCAAGCUAAAGCCUAUGUCAGCAACCAUAUUAUCAUGACAAUGGGUAUGGACUUUCAUUAUCUUAAUGCCCAUGCUUGGUACAAGAAUUUGGACAAGCUGAUCAGGUAUGUCAAUGAACGACAGACAAAUGGAUCAAAGAUCAAUGUAUUUUACUCCACUCCGUCGUGUUAUCUGAAGGCUCUACAUGAUGCUAACAUUACAUGGCCAACCAAGACUGAUGAUUUCUUCCCAUAUGCCUCUGGUAAUCACUCCUAUUGGACUGGUUACUUCACCUCUAGACCAGCACUUAAAGGCUAUGUCAGGAAGACCAACAACUUCUUGCAGGCUGUAAAACAAGUCUCAGCGAUGCUGGGACUAGGUCAGGACCCUCGGCUGGAACGAUUGAAGGAGGCAAUGGGAGUUUUGCAACAUCAUGAUGCUGUUUCAGGCACUGCGAAGCAACAUGUCACUAACGAUUAUGCAGAGAGGCUAGCUCAAGGGGUUGCUGAAUCCUUUGAGUUGGUAGCAGAAGCUUAUAGUAAACUACAGCCAGAUAUUUCAGGUGUGGAAGAAACUGUAGAGCCAGUCUUUUGUCCUCUCCUUAAUGUGUCUUCCUGUCCAGUUUCGGAGACAUCCUCAGCCUUUGUUGUGACUGUUUACAACCCUCUGGCCAGGCCACGUCAGUAUUACGUGAGAAUACCUGUUCCAGAAGGUGUUGGAUACAAGGUGACAGAUUAUAAAGGUGAUGCUGUAGAAGUUCAACUGGUGCCUCUACCAGAGUCACUCUUGAAUAUCCCAGGCCGUAACUCAACAGCUAAACAUGAUUUAGUGUUCUUAGCAAAGGACAUUCCUCCACUGGGCUUCCUACAAUUCCAUGUAAAAAAAUCAGCAAACAUACGCAUCUACAAAGAGCAAAUGUCAAGUGUUCAUGUUCCAACUGGUAGUGGUGAAAUGGAGCUUGUUGGUAAGAAUCUGGCACUAGGUGUAGAUAAAGACACCGGUCUUCUGAAAUCUAUUGGUGUCGUCACUCCUAAUGGUAUAACAAUGGUAAAGGUCAACCAAACGUUCCUAAGGUAUGCUGGGAUGAGUGGUAACAACCAUAAUGAAGAUCAUAGAGCAUCAGGUGCUUAUAUCUUCCGUCCUAAUGGCACUUCUGCACAAGAGAUAUCUGCUAAAGCCAACAUCACAAUUAUAGAAGGGCCAUUACUUUUUGAAAUACAUCAAGUGUGGACACCAUGGGUGAGUCAGGUUCUCAGGGUCUACAUGGAUCAGCUGGUGUUGGAGAUGGAGUGGCUUGUUGGACCUAUACCUAUUGAGGAUGGCAUAGGAAAAGAGAUUGUGAACCGUGUAGUGUGGCCAGAUAUUGUGACUAAUAACACCUUCUACACUGAUUCCAACGGCCGGGAAAUAGUACAACGUGUUAAGGACUUCCGCCCAACUUGGCAGCUUCAGAACUUGGAACCUAUUGCUGGUAAUUAUUACCCAGUUAACUCCAGACUCAUUCUUAGUGCUGGGCCUGACGUCAGUGCUGCUAUUCUCACUGAUCGCUCACAGGGUGGAACAUCUUUGGAUCAUGGUCACAUGGAACUCAUGGUUCACCGACGGCUCCUUCACGAUGAUGCUUUUGGAGUAGGUGAAGCCCUAAAUGAGACAGCAUUUGGAAAGGGUCUUGUAGUUCGUGGCAAACACUACCUCCUCCAUAGUUACUUUGCAACAUCAAAGGAUUGUGAUUUUGGGUGUUUGCAUCGCAGUGUUGGGGAACACAUCAUGUUAGAGCCUGUCCUCUCCUUCACUCCCACCACUGCUACUACACAUACCUGGAAGAAUACUUAUACUAACAAGUGGACAGGUCUGAAGACUUCCCUACCAGCAAAUGUUCACCUACUGACACUGGAGCCCUGGACUGAUGGUUCCCUCUUACUGCGAUUGGAGCAUAUGUAUGAGGCUCAGGAAAGUGCUACUCUCAGUAACCCUGUUACUGUUAACCUGCAAGAUCUGCUGGUUGACUGGAAGAUCUUGUCUGCUGUGGAGACUACACUGUCUGGAAACCUCCUGAAGAAGGAUGAGAAUCGCUACACCUGGAAUGUUGACUCUGCCCAUCAUGAUAACCAUAUCUCAAGCAGCCAGUGUGACAGUGAGGUUUAUGAAUAUGAUGAUGAAUUCUCUGUCACACUCAACCCCAUGGAGAUAAAAACCUUCAUUCUUACAACAGAGAAAUCUACCACACUAUUUUAAUAUUCCUUUGCAAUUUCAAGAUUUACAGACUCCUAGUUACCCUUAAAUCUUCACUUCCACUGUAUUUUCUGUUGUUACUCUGUAUGUACUUGCAUUUUUAGUACCACUCAGUACAUGUGAUAUUCCCUAUCACUCAUACUGCUUACUGUAGUGCGUUUUUUCUCAGCUGAGAAAAGAUGCCCUGCCCCCUCCUCAAAAGUUACAGCUGGUUGGCUGUUGCAAACCUGUUUGAUUUUGUCCUGAAGUAAUGAUGUACAGGUUAACCAUCUCAAAUCCGGACUGAUUGGGACCUGAACAGUGCCGGAUUAGUGAUUUUGCCGAACUACAGGUGGUUAGGUUAGGAUUAAAUAAAUAAACACCUCUAACCCA